CAGUUACUUCUAUCAGUUUGAAAAAGCUCUAUAUUCUAAGUUUUUAUAUUCAAAAAAAAUAUCUAUAUUUUAACGAAAUAUAAAGUUCUUUUUUAUUUUGAAGAUUUAAAUAUAUUAAAUUAAAUUAAAUUAAUUCAAAUUUACAUUUAUUUUACUGUGAUAUGUGCUAUAAACAAAAUAUUAAUUUUAAUAUAUAAAAAAAAUAGUAACAAGUUUAUUUGGAUGUAAUUUAAAGUCUUCUUAUCAAAAAUGGAAUUUCCAAAUUUAGGCAAGCAUUGCUCAGAAAAUAGUUGUAAUCGAUUGGACUUUUUACCUCUUAAGUGUGAUGCCUGUUGUAUAAUUUUUUGUAGUGAACAUAUAUCAUAUAACAAUCAUAAUUGUCCAAGUGCUUAUAAAAAAAAUAUUCAAGUCCCAGUAUGUCCUCUAUGUAAUGUUCCAAUACCUAUUAAACGUGGUGAUCCUCCAGAUAUUGCAGUUGGGCAACAUAUUGAUAAUGAAUGUCAAUCAGAUUUAAAAACAUCUAGUCAGAAAAUCUUUUGUAAUAGAUGUUCCAUGAAAGGUUGUAAAAUCAAAGAAGUAAUUCAAGUGCAUUGUUCUGAUUGUGGUAAAAAUUUCUGUUUAAAACAUAGACACCCAACAGAUCAUGCAUGUAUAGAUCAAAAACAAAUGGCUCAAAAGAAAAGACUUGAUGUUCUAGAAAAUCAUGUGAAAUUAAAUAGAAGAAAUGGUGAGAUUUUCAAAAAUUAUCAAGGUAGCAUAAGUGAAGAUGAAGCUCUUGCUAGAGCUCUUCAGGCUUCAAUGCAAGAAACAAAUACCACUAGACAAGCACUUGAAGAUGCACCUUCAGGAAAUAGAGAUAGAUGUAGACUCUCAUAAAUUUUAGUUUAUAAUAUAAAUUUGUAUAAUAGUUUUAAAAUGUUUUUCGAUUAAAUAAAUAUAGAGAAAUUAUUAUA